AUGGACCACCUCUCGAGGCUCGCUUGGCUGCACGGCUGGUACCCGCCGUCGUAUUUCCUGCCCACAACCGAGAACAGCGUCAACACCAGCAAUGCCAAGCGCGACGCAGAUAUGACUCAACCAAGCGGUCUGCUCGAUCCGAGCAAAGUCCCUCUCCUCGCUUCCAGCGUCCGUGACAUCUUUUACGUCUAUGGCGAAGAGCAUGCGUGGGAGCUGACACCGCAUAUUUUCCGAGGUGCAGUCAGCAACGGCAAUGGAGAGGACAGUCUUGCGGAACGAGGGAAGGGGAGUGCAAAGCUUGGCUGGAGUCAUGCGCGCAUGUCGGAGUUGAAAGCGAACACAGAGGUUUGGAGUGGAAUUCUGGCAAGGGGUACCGAGGUUGGCAUGGAGACUCCAACUGUGAUGCUAAGUAUUGGCGAGCGUGGUGGCGCUGGGGAGGGCUUCGCGAGGUUCUGUGGUGUUGUGGAGGUGGAGAGUCUCCCACCGGAUGGUGGGUCAGUCCUGCUUGGGGAUGAGGAGGACGAGGAUGAUGAUCUGCCGGUUGCGGGUAGUGACGACCAUGAGGACGACGAUGAGAGAAAGUCAAGCAGCAGUGAGGGCGAGGAAGACGAAAUCGAUUGGGACGCAGACUCAGACGAGGGGAACGAGGUGUGGAAGACGCCGUUCGAACGGCGGAUUGCGGUUGGGAUGGCGCUGUGA